AUGGUCGACUACAGCAAGUGGGAUAAAAUGGAAGUCUCGUCCUCGGAGGACGAAGAGGCGAGCCCUUCGCGGCCGCGCGUGCGGCGCUUCGAGGAGAAGCAGCGCGUCACGCUCGGCCCCGAAGGCUUGUCCAUCGAAGGCCAGGAGGAGACGCGGCCGCCGCGGAAGAAACUCGAAGAACUUGACUACGACGACGAAGACAUCGACCUGGAAGGCGACACCGCUGCAGAGGAGGCCUUCGAAGACGCGCACGAGUGGCCUCGGUGCGGGCAUCUGCCGCAGUCGCCCAGCGGCUCCUCCACCCAUGACGCGAGAGCGGGAAUCGGCCUCGCGCCCGCCCCUGCGGCGGAGCCCGCGGGCGCCGGCUCGAGUGCAUCUGCAGCUCGCGCGGCGCAGAGGAGAGACGAAACGCUUCUGAUCGAGAAUGGAGGCGUCGUGGAGGGCCGGUACUUCUGGAGUCAGACGCGCCACGAAGUCGUCGUCGACGUUCUUCUGCCAAAAGGCGCGCGAGGAAAGGACUUGAAGGUCGAGCUCCGCACAGACAGUUGCUGCUGUACGUACAAGGGGACCGCGGUGCUCAGUGGGGCCUUCCCGCACACCAUCGAGGAAGACGAGGACAUGUGGUUUUGGGAACUCGUCGAGAAAAAAAUCAACUGGAAACGACUUGCGAGGCUCGCUGAGAAAGUUAACUCGGGGCGAGACGCAGAGGGUCGGCAAGGAGACUCGAAACCCGCAGACGCAAAGGACAGCGAGGACGGGAGGCAGCAGGAAGGCGCAGAGAAAUCUGAAGGAAAACCAGAGGACGAAGGCGAAGACGAAGUUGCACCCUUCUUAGAACUCAGUCUGAGAAAGAAACCUGAAGUCGCCGGCACCUACGUCUGGUGGAACUGCGUCGUCAAGGGCGACCCCUGCGUGGAUGUCGAGAAGCUGCCAGGACGCGCUGCGAAGGAGACGACCACGCAGAGCUUCAAAGAGGCGUGGGAGAAGGCGCACCAGAUGUUCCUGGAGAAACUCAAGAACGAGCGUCGCGAGCCGAUGGAAAUCUAA